AUGGACUCAUUCCGCGAGAUGCACCCUAACCCUGUCGCUGUGCCCGGAAACACCUGGUCCCCUAUCUACGAGGACGACAAGAGCGAGCCUAUGGAUCGCAUCGACUUUAUCUACCACAAGGGCAUGACAACCGUCGCCUCAGAGGUUAUGGUUUUGGGCAAGCCCAAGGGGGGCCAGGAUAAUGAGUGGCCUUCGGACCAUGCGGCAGUUUUGAGUACAUUCAAAGUGCCUAGCAAGAGAUCUAGGCGUGAGGCAGCUGAGCGACCAUUCAGAGCUUGCGAGUUCAUUGAUCAAUUCGCUAGCUACAAUUAA